AUGUCUUCUUCUUUGUAUGUUGGAAGAGAUAAUAGAUAUAUAUGUCUCAAAAAUAUGCAAAGUUCUUCAAAUGGAAUAAAUAUGUGUUUUAAUAGCCCUUCAGAGAUUUGCGUUAAAGGAGAUUUAUCUCAAUGUAUUUACUAUCCAUCAACUUAAACAUAUCUUGGAUAUAUUACUGGUUAAGGAGUAUGUGCUCAAUAGGAUGCAAGUACUUCUUCUUCUUCUGUACCUUAAAGUUUGAUAAAUUUAAACCCAAAUUAUUGCUAAGAUAGUAGUUCUGUAAUCAGAAGAAUUAUUUUUCCUAUCAUAGGAAGAGAUGGUAGUCCUUAGUUAAAUUGUGUUUUAUUUACUUGUAGUUCAGGAUAUUGCAUUUAUCAGUAAGCUUGUUAACCUUUAGGAUUUGAUGGGGUUUCUAUAGCAAAAUUAAGUAAUGGUUAUUGUGGGUAAGCUUUCUAAAGUGGUGCAGUAUAAUGUGCGUUUCCUAGUUAUUAAGUUUGUCUCUCUGGUAGUGUAUGCUUAUGGUUGAAUGUUAACAAUUAUCAAGCUUCUGGAAUAGAUUCAUAAGGAAGCUGUUUAUCUAGAUAACAGUUUACAUCAAGUUUAAGUGUUUGCGAAUUCCAUCACUGCGUAAAACCAUCUUAGGAUAAUACUCAAUACGCUUGUUAUUUAUUAGAUGGGUCAAACGGGUAAGUUGGUGUUAGUACAAGUGGUGCUUGUUUAGAUUUAAAUUAAUCUCCAGCAACAAGAUGUGUUUAAAACAAUAACUCAAUCUGUUAUGAUUCAGGUACUAUGCAAUGCUAGUAGACUGUCAAUUUUUAAUCGAUAAAUAAUGGCUGUACUUUAAAUCAAUUUUGCUAUCAGCUUUCUAAUAGCUAAUAUGUUGGAAGGGACAAAAAUUUAUACUGCCUAACUAAUUCUUAGAUAUCUUCUUCUGGAAUUGAUAUUUGCUUUAAUGAUCCUUAUAAUAUUUGUCUAGUAUAUGGGCCAAGUCAAUUUUGUGUAAUAUAUCCAUAAUCAAGUUAAUAUCUUGGAUAUAUAUCUGAAAAUAAGCAAUGCGCCUAGCUAAAUUAGAAAACUUUAUCUGGCUAGCCAUCUAAUUUAAUUAAUUUGAGAAUUGGCUACUGUUAAGAUUAAAGCGGAUAUAUAAGAUUACUUGAUAACACACUCUAUGUUGGAGUUGAUUCAUUUAAGUAUAUGUGUUUGAAGUAAGAUUAAACUACAUCCACUUAAAUUAUUUAAUGUUACUCAGGUUUUUGCAUUGACACAAAUAAAUGCUAAGCCUAUGAUAAAAUUAAUAUUGGGAGAAAUGCUAACUACUAUUGUUUGACAGAAGGGACUACAGUUAGCACUGAAUGUUCAUUUGAUUUAUAAGUGUGUUUUGAUCCUGCUGUUUAGGCCUGUUUUUAUAUUAAUGAUGAUAACCCAAAUCAAUCAGGUAGGGCUUAAAAUGGUUAUUGUUCUGUCAGAUCACAAUACUAUCCUCAAAUAUUAUCAUGUGCUUUUAACCACUGCAAAAUAAGGUAAGAUCCUACUAAUCCUAACUCUCCUGAAGCAUGUUUUCCAUUUGAUGCAAAUGUAUAAAGAGUUGGUAUAGAUGCUUAUGGAUAUUGCGUUUUAUAAGAUAUGCCAAAAGCAGUUAGAUGCAUGAAAGGAUAAUUUUGCCUUGAUAAUAAUAAUGAUUAUCGUUGUAAAUCUUUAGUAUUCUCAAAAGAUUUACAAAGAUAUGCUAGAUAAAAAGAUACUUAAUUUUGCUUAGCUUAUUUAGACAUUAACGGGAAUGGUGAUUUAAUUGAAACAUGUGUAACAGGUACAUGCAUUUAUACGUAUUUUAAAACUAUGAGAAAUUAUUGUAUGAUUGAAGGCACUCUAGCUAAAGGUGAUUUUUUAGUAGGUACUGAUGUUUUAGGCUACUGUGUUCUUUAGGAUUAGUUGACAAAAAUAUAAAUAUAGACUUGCUUAGGAAUAACUUACUGUAUACUGAAUCUUGAUGAUGGGUAAUAGAAAUGUUAAUUUGUAUCAGAUUUUGAUCCAGACUAUCCUAAUCUUAUUUAUAAAUCUAAAAAUGUCAAUCAAUAUUGCUAAGACUUAAAUACAGCAAAUAGCAUCGGUUGUAUGGAUGGUUUAUACUGCAUAAAUACGCUAGAUAACUCAUAAUGUGAAGCUAUGCUAUCACCUACCGAUAUCUAUAAAAUUGGGAGAGAUGCUAAAACUUAAAUUUGUUUACCUUAAGGAAUCUAACAACCUAGCAAAUGUUAAAAAGAAUAUUGUAUAUCUUAAGGAGUUUGUAUACCGUUACAAAAUAAAUUUCCUGGAAAAGAAUUGAUAACCCAUAUGUGCUUGGCAGAAAAAAUCACUGGGAAAUAAGGAGCUUCUAAUUGUUAUUAAAAUGGAUAUUGCUUAUUAACUGAUUCUACUGGUAAAUCUUCAUGCUAUAAAUUAGAUUUUACAGAUCCAAAUCUGAUUGGUAUUUAAAAGGAUACUUAAAAGUGUUUAAAGGAAAAACAGACUAUAGCUGUAAUGUGUGCAAGCGGAUUAUAUUGUUUAGAUAGGAGUACACAAAGCUGUAUAAUCAUAGAUGUUUCUAAAAAUAUGUGUGUAGAUCCCAAUGGCUACUGUGUAACAAACGGAAGUUGCAAUUCUUGUAAGUUUAAUCAGUGUUUAUCUACAACAAUCAGAAAUACCUGCUAAGAUCUUAUUUAACCAUCAGUUACUUAUUGUACUGAUAAUUAAGGCUUCUGCAGCUCUGUGUCAAAUAAAAAUUGUGUUGUUUGCCCAAACAAUUACUGCAUGAUAAAUAAUAAUGGAAUUUGCUUAACUUCCGUUGAUUUGUUAAAACUGCUUGUAGGAAACUCUUGUUUCGUAUAAAAUUAAAGUAAUAGCUCUUGUGUAAUGAAAAGUAUCGAUAUUCCAGAUUCAAAUGGGAAUAUGUAUUGUACAAAUAAUGAAAGCUUUUGUUAAAUUAUUGCAAUAAAUAAUAGUUAAUGCUUACUGUGCCCUAGAUAUUAUACAAAUCCUGGAAAUGAUAUUUGUUAUAGCUUAUAACAGAAGUCAGCCCUUUCACCUAAUCCUUAACAAUUAUAUUUUGAUAUGUAAUUAACUUAUGUAAAGUAGGAUUGCUAUGAUUAACAAUAUUGCCUAUAAGACUCAACUAAAAAGUGCAGUCCAGGAUGUUUUUCUUGUACUUCACUAGAUUUCUGUACAUAAUGCUAACAAGGUUAUUUUUUGUUUCAAAAAUCAAUUAACACACAAAUUUGUAUAUAAUGCACUUCAGAAUAAUAUCAAAUUACUGAUUAUUCGUCUUAUUUUCAAAAUCCUCCAACUUACUCUUGCUUAGAUUGCUCUUCUGAAUAUGGUUUAUGGAACUAGAAUACUGCAAAUGCAUAUAAAACAUGUAUAAAUUAUUUAGUACAUUAUGAUAAUGCCAUUUAAAUUGUUGGUAGCAAACUAUAAUCAAAUAAUUUCAUUGUCAAUUACAAAUCAUCAUCUUUUGUUUUGAAUAGCUACAAAUCUACUCUAUGUCCUGAUGAAUGCCUUUCUUGUGUUUAAAACUCAUCUAAUUCUGCAUCUUGCAUUUAAUGCAAAAUCGGUUUUGUUUUGUACUUUGGAAAUUGUGUUUAAUGCCCAAAAAAUUGUGAUGUUUGCUAAUAUGCUAGUUUUAUUACUGGUUAUGCAUAGCUAAUAACAUAGAUAAAUUUUGAUCCCAGUUAGAUAUCAUUUUACAAUUUCAUUUUAAUAUGCUUAAAGUGUCAGUUUAAAUUUUUAGUUUCAUAUGAUUUAUAAUCUUGUUAACCUUGUGGUAUAAACUGUGACUCUUGUUAAUAUGAAAAUAAAGAAGAGGUUCUAAAUUAUGAUAUAAAAAUUUCAAGAAUACUUUCCUAAAAUGAUAUGAUGCAAAAAGGUUAUAUUAAAAAGUGUUAUGCUUGCACUGAUGGUUACUUUUUAAAUUUUGAUGGUGUUAAUUGUCAGUAAAAUCUUUAAUACUGCUCUUAUAGUGCGACUUUACUUACUCAAGGAUCAUAAAAUGUAGAUUUAACAGAAAAUUUGUGGGAGUUUUAAUAAUCUCAAUCAAGUUCACAAUUAAAGUAUAUUUGUAAAUAGUGUAUUGAUGGAUAUAUCAUUUCAAAAAAUUAAUUAUCGUGUGGUUAUGGGUGUAGAUCUAAUUCAUAUUUAUCAAAGUGUUCUAAUUGUUUAACUAUUGCUAAUUAUGAUAAAUAAUGCUUAUUUUGCAGUAAUGGGAAUGUAUUAAAUUUAGCGUAAUAGCCACCCAAGUGCUAGGAUGAAAUAUGCUAAUAAAAUAUUUAUGGAUGUUAAGAAUGCUAUUCUUACUUGGAUUAAUAAAAUGUUUAAAUUUAUUAGUGCACCAAAUGUGCUGAUUAGAAUAGCGUUCCUACAAUAAACGGAUGCAAAAAAUGCCCUUAAGGAUGCUCUAAGUGUUAUGAAGGCACCAGAACUUAUAAUUUUACUUCUUAUUUGAUUUAUUAGAGGAAAAAAUAUAACAUAUUAGAAAGAUUAAAUUAUAAUAACACUUCAACUAAUUAUGAUCUACUUUGCACAGAAUGCUUAGCUGGAUAUUACUUUGAUUAGUAAUUAAAGUAGUGUUAACAAAUUUAAUGUGGUUAAAAUUGUUUGUUGUGUGCACUUAUUAAUGAUAAACCUUAAUGCAUUAAAUGCAAUUAUGAUAAAUUACUGUCACUUGUUAAUUAAUUUUCUUAUUUUAUUGGAAUUCUUUACUUUAAGCAAAGUUAAAUACCUAAUAUUUAAGAUAUGGUGACCUUAACUUAAUCAGGUAAUGAUUGCCAGCUUUGCCCGCUUAUGUGUGAAACAUGCAUUAAUGAUUAAGACAUAAGCUAAAAUCCUUUGUAUUUAUAUGAUGCUCAAUGCUUAUCUUGCAAAAAAAAUUAUCUAUAAAGUUAACAACAUCUCAAGAACUAUUAAAUAGUUAAUGAUAAAUCUAGAAGAAAAUGUUACUUAUGUUAAAAUAGCGAAAAAGGCUGUUUUUACAAAAAGUAAAAGACAAUUUAUACCUAAUGUUUAGAUUUAAAUAGCAAGCUUGGUGAUGGCUCUCUAUAAAAUCCUGUUAACUUUAAUAGAUUAAAUGAAAUAAAUAUUGAUAAACUCAUACUGAGUGAAAUAGAAUAUAACUAAGCAAUUGUAUAUUAUAAUGAGUUACAGGUAAAGCAGCUUGAAGUAAAAUUGGUUUUUUUAGGUGAUUAAUGUGUUGAAGCUAAACCACAAACAUUUAUAACUACUCUUAAAAAAUAAAUAAGAUCUCUGUAAUUAAUUAGUCUAAAUGUAACUUCUAUUACUAAUAAAUCACCUAAUCCGAUUUAGUUCCUUUAAAUGAGCACUUUCAAUAUAUCUGGAUUCGAUUCAGUUUAUAUUUAGUAGAUCAUUUUCGAACAAUAAAAAAAUAACAGCAAUAUUGGUUUAAUAAUUAAUAAUGAUAUUUUAAAUACCUUCUAAUUAUUAAAUUGUUAAUUUAUUUAAUUUUAAUAGACAUAAUUUAAUGUUUAAUACUUUAUUCUUCAGCUAUCUACCUUAUAAUAAACAAAUAUAACUUUAAAGUCUAUUUAAUUUUAUAAUGUUAGAAUCUUAAAGUAUAAUUAGUUAGUUCAAAUAUUAGAUCACAUUUAAGAUUCUUGGAUUAACUUAACAAUGGACUCAAUUUUGUUUUAAAAUGUUCUUUUUGAUGGCUCUAAAAUUAUAACACUAGGUACUCAAAAUAUCACAAUCUCACUGACAAAUAUAUAUUUUAAAUAGAGUAAAUUGGACCAUAACUCUUUACUUUUAAACUUAGAGCAAAAUAACUUUGCAUAAUAAAAGAUAGAUAUUUAGUUACAAAAUAUUCAAUUCUCAUAGAUGUAAAUUUUAGAAGGAUCUUAGAUUCUCAAUAAUAACUAUUUGAACACCUUAAGCAUCAACAAUUUUACAAUUUAUCAAAGCAAUAUUUCAUAGGUGUCAAAUCAGAUGAAGCCUCUAUUUUCAUCAAAUACUUUCAUAAUAAAUAUAUUUUAAAUAAAUUAAAGUACAGUGUAAAAUUACUAUUUUAUUGAAUAGUAAGACAGCAAAUCAACUUCUUAAAAUUUUGUUUAAAGUUCUUAAUUUUAAAACAUUAGCUUUUUAGAUAACAAAAUAAUUGUAAACAGCUACUGCUUUUUGGGUUUUUCUACCAAUAAAAAUAGUAACUCUAAUUUAAAUGGUUUUAUGUUGGCAAGGAAUACCUUAGUAUCUGAAAAUAAUUAAGCAUUUGUUUAUUAUUAGAAUCUUAACACAAUAAGGAUAUAAAAUGUGACAAUGAUAGAUAAUAAUUAAUUCAUAUUUUUGAAUUCUGAUAAAAUAAUAAAUGUUUACAUUACUUCAGUAUUUGUAUCUUCAGUUUAGACACAAUUUAUAGCACCACAAAUUUGCUAGCUUAACUAAAUAUUAAACUACAUAAGCGUAUAUGAUAUUAAUUUGUAAAACAUAAUAAUUAGUACAAAUAUCAUUUCAAUAAUUAGUAGUGGCAUUUCUUUUAAUAAUAUAAAUUCAUUUAAUAAUAAUUAAUCUAUUCCUAGUGGAAUUUCUAUCAGCAAAGUAACUAGUAUAUAACUAUCACUUCUUGUAUUAAGCACAAUUUAAAACAGUUCUCCUAUUUUUAUUAACUCAAAAUAAGACACAACUAUUUCAAUUGAUGACAUAAGUUUUUCGUAAACAUAAUCCAUUAUGAAGACAAGCAAAACAACAUUAGGAUAUAUUUCUUUGGGUUUUUACUUUAAAACACCUACAGUAGAAAUAAUUUUUAAAAGAAGUAACUUUAAGGAUUCAGAUGUAUAGAGUCUUUUUAGUUGGAUAUAAGGAGUAGCUAAGUCAAUUAAUUUUAUAUAAUGCAAUUUUACUAACUCUUUUAAAGCUGACCAAGCAAGUUAUUUCAAAAAUAAGUAAUUAAAGAAAGGAGGACAUAUCUAAUUCUAAGCUGAUACGUUCUCUGCUUAAUAUUCAAGAUUUAUAAAUGGGUUUGCUUUGAAUGGAGGUUCAAUUUAUUGGACAGCAAAAAAUUUUGGUAAAAUGUUUAUAUUUAAUUGUACUCUUGAUAGCAAUACUGCUUUUAGUUAUGAUGAUUAUGAAUCAGAAGGUGGUGCUAUAUUUGUAGAUAACUAAAUUUCUUUAAGCAUAGAAGUCAUAAUAGAAAAAUCUUUCUUCUUUUAAAACUUUGCUUAAUCCAAAGGAGGAGCUAUCCAUUUCAUACAAACUUCACUACCUAGAACCGCAGUAUUUUUCUUAGAUACUUAAUUUGAAAAUAAUUUAUCUUCUUAAGGCAGUAAUUUUAAUAUUGAGAAUUCAAAAACCUCUAAAACAAUAGUUGUUAUGAAAAAUAUAAAAUCUCAAAAUGAAAUCAAUUUUAUGUUAUAAAAAAUAUAACUGAUUGUUCCUUUGAUAACUAGUUUUUCUUGGUAAGAAUCUUAAUAUUAGCAAAGCUCAAUUUUCUACAUGAAUAAUCCUUAUGAUGUUUAAAUUUUCAAUUCUUAAUUUUAAAUUUCCUCCAAUAACAUUUUGUAAAUACAAUCUCAAUUUAUUAACACUUUGUUAUUUUAAAGAAUAUUAAUAAUAAAAAAUGCUAAUAAAGUUAUAGAUUCUAGUAAUAAUUAUCAUUCUAGUCAUUAUUUAGACAAUCUAGUUACUAUUUCAAAAGUAUAAGAACUUUAUGUAUAUAAUAGCACUUUAUAAUCCAAUAAAAAUAUAUUUGACUUUUUGAAUGCAUCUAAUUCCAAUUUGAUGAUAAAUGCAAUUAAUUACGAUAGUAGAAAAUGCUAUUUUUAUUUAUUUAAAUCUUUAAAUAAUAAAUGCAAAUAUUGUAAUCAAGGAAUAGUUUACUUAUAAUCUAAUUCCUUGCUAGUAUUAUAAUCAUACUUUGAAAAUAAUUUAGCAUAGUAUGGAUCAGCUUUAUACAUAGAAAAAACACUUGAAUACAUUUCAUAUCAAGAUUCUUAAAAUUAUAAUUUAUAAAUCAUAGAAUCUUAAUUUUUGAAAAAUAAUGCUAAUAUGAAAGGAGGAGCUAUCUUUAUAAAAUAAGCUCCAUUACUUAUCGUGUCUUCAAACUUUCUCGAUAAUUUAGCAACAAGUUAAGGAGGAGCAGUAUAUAUUGAAAACAAUUAAUUAGGCAUUUUACAGAAUAAUUUGAAUUUUUAAAACUCUAGUUUUGUUAGAAACUAGGCCUAAUUAGGAGGUGCUAUAGGUUCAAGUACUGGCUAAAGUGUAAACAAUUACUAAAGCAAUACGUUUUCAUAAAAUUAAGCUUAAAUAUAUGGAUAGAAUAUUCAAGCAUCUCCUUACUAAUUAAAUGUGUAUUUAGAUGGUAUCCUAUAAAAUUUCACAUAAAAAUAAAUUUAGCAAAUAAUUAUAAGCAACCACCAAGGAGGAUACAUUAAGCAAAAUAUAGUGUUCAAAUUUUCGACAGAAUAAAAUGAGGAGAUAGUAAACUUAUCAUCAAAUGUAGUAUUGAAUGUAAAGGUAUUAAAUGGUUAAGGUUAUUUAAAUAAGAACAUAUUGCAGUAAUAAAGUGGUAUAUAUAAUUUAACAAAGCAAAUCUAAAUUUAUGGAAUUAUGGGGCAAUAAAUAACUUUAUCAAUAACAAGUGAUUUGAUUUAAAGGCCAUAGUAUAAUAGCUCUAAUUUUAUUAUUGGAUAUGAUAAAAAUUAUGAGUUAAUUCUUAUCAUUAAAUUUUCUUAGUAAUGUCCAGUAGGUUUGAUACUUGCCUAAAAUGCCCAAGCACAGAAGCUAAGUGUAUUGGAAAUGAGAUUCUUUUAACCUAAAAUUAUUGGAGGGUUAAUCAAUAUUCUUCAUAGCUUUUUAACUGCAAAAAUUGUAUAGGAGAUUCAUUUUUUAAUCCAAAUCUAGUCUAAUAAGUGA